GAAAAAGUAUACAAGCAAGGCUUAAUAUCUUAUUCAUCUUUUCUUUUGGCUCCUACUCACCAGCGUGUUUGUUUCUUGUUGGAAUUCGUACUCGUACAAAAGCGCGCGGAUACCUUGCUUGCCACUACUUGCGACUGCGAGAAAAUAGCUCAUACAACUGCAAUCCUUAUUAAUACAAAGAAGGUUUUGAAUGACGAGUCUGCCUUGGUAGAGCUAUAUUCACAUCUUUAUAUCUUUCAAGGCAACUUGCUUCCUUUCUUACUCAAGAUAUUCAUCAAAUAUAUAGAUAUGCCAUCAAAGUAUCAGAAAGAUGUCUGCCAAUGCACCAACAUUCAACGUUUCUCCUCAGUUCUCCUCGUAUUUUCGAUAAUCUUUCCCAAAUUAUCUUGCGCACAGAUCCCCGACGCAGUGUCAACAACAUUCAUCACUUCGGUUACCCCUCCUUCAUCCACCCCUCACAUCUUGAAUAACCGUCAGAUCUCCUCCAGUACAGACCCUGACGAGGAGAACACAUCAAGCCAUGUCUACAACUACUAUUUCGUAAUUGUCGCUGUUUUUGUAGUCAUCGUUUUCUUCCUUCUACUGUACAUUACCCAGCGACGGAAACGAAAAGCACUACUCAGACGACAUAAUGGACAGAAUGCUUUGGCUCGCGACGUACAAUCUUUUGCGGAUUUUAGAACGAGAUUUGGACCGAGGAGAGGGGGAGCGGGGGUAAUGGGUAUGACGAUGGGAACGAUGGGUGCAAACAGAGAAAGACAAGAGGGGUUGGAUGAGAGGGGUGAGGCGCCCCCGGCUUAUAUGGAGGGCGAUAAACCGCCAAGUUUGAGGAGUGAGGAUAGGGUUACUAUGGUAGCUUCUCAUGAAGUUCAAGCCAAUGAAAAUGGAGCAUCCAGUGUACCGGCUGUGGAGGCGGAUACUAUCAACAAUUCUAUGGAACGAAAUAUAUCGGGUGUGGAGUCGAGACUAUCUGCGGAGCUUUCUCGACCUACCGCUACGACGGCGAGUAAUUCAGCAACACGGACAUCGAUAGGAGGUUCAUCAACACCGAUUACAAGCGCAGCAGAUUCGAAUGAAGAGUUGGAAGGAAGGCCAUUGAGUCGAAGUAUAUCGGCGCGUCCACCGUUAGGACCGCCCACCUAUUCCGAGACCUAUCCAGGCGGGCAACAUAAUAUAACAAGACCUGCUGCUGCGGUGACCCACGACUGAUUUUGUUCAAACAGGAGAUUGAUGAGUGAAACUAGGGCCUCAUCUGCAAUGCAAUAUGGACAGUGUUGGAAGCAGCAUGGUUGAAUUAACAUGCGAACGAUUUUUACAAUGGAUAUUUUAUAUAGGUUAUCAUAGAACGGCAGGCCGACUAAUGAGGAUAUGGACAGUACGGCGGGAUUGGACGAGGUUCUGGGUAUGGGAUUUUAAAUGGAUAUCCACAAGAUAUGAGAGCUUUGCGAUGGCGCAUUUUUACGAUUAUGAAUAUUCAGUCAUGAAGGAUUCUUGGCGUAUGGUUAUUGUGUAAUAUAGUCGAAUCAUAAUAAAUAUGUAUAUCAACGACA